AUUUCAUUAUCACUCAUUAUCAAUAUUCCGUCGCAUUAUUUUAAAUAGCACUUUUAUUAAACCAUUGUAAGUUUAAUAUUGAAGUUUCCAAAAAAUAGUUUUUGAUAUACACUGGUUUAUGUGUAUAAUUUUGGAAACCGAAAAAUCCGUGAUUAAUAAAAAUGCCCGAUUCCUACACGUGUAUUACUUGUCAGGUUCUGUUCAAAACAGCUGACUUACAAAGGGAGCAUUAUAAAUUAGAUUGGCAUAGAUACAAUUUAAAAAGAAAAGUUGCUUCCAUACCACCUGUUACGCUAGAAGAAUUUGAACAACGAGCAAAAGAACACAAGGAAUCAGCUGAAGCGGUACGAGAUGAAUCAGCUUAUUGCAAGUGUUGCUCAAAAUUGUUCAACACAAAGAACGCAUAUAAUAAUCAUCUCAAUAGUAAAAAGCACAAGCAAGCUGAAGAAAAAAGUAUAAUAGAGGGGAAUGAUGACCAUAGUAAUAAUUCUGAUACUGACAGUUUUGUAAAAAUCGAUAAUGUAGAUAAAGGUGCUCCUAUCAAGAAUGAACCUGAAAAAUUUGUUGUUGUAAAGCCUGUUGGUUCGGGAGACGAAGAUAUUGAAACUGAUUCAGAAAUCGAAGAGCUUGAUUCAGAUGAAUGGGAUGAAUGCCGUAUAAAAGAAAGUGAUUCGCUAAUCAAGCCAAGAGAUUGUCUGUUUUGUACACAUCAUAGCAAAAAUAUGGUUAAAAACCUGAAGCACAUGUCUGAAGUACAUUCCUUCUUCAUCCCUGAUGUGGAGUAUUGUGUUGAUGUCAAAGGAUUAUUACUAUAUUUGGGUGAAAAGAUUUCACAAGGUUACAUGUGUCUAUGGUGUAACGAAACUGGGAGAACAUUCUAUUCGUUAGAAGCUGCUCGAGGACAUAUGGUUGAUAAAGGACAUUGUAAAAUGUUACAUGAAGGAAUCGCUUUAGCGGAAUAUGCAGAUUUCUAUGAUUAUAGCUCUUCAUAUCCUGAUCAAAAGGAGGGUGAAGGCAAGAUGGAUGUGGAUGAUGAAGUUGAGGAGCCAGCUAACUUGGAAGGAUCGGAUUACCAGCUGGUUCUGCCUUCCGGUCUUGUUGUUGGACAUAGGUCUCUUAUGAGGUACUACAAGCAGAAUUUGACGCACAAUAGUCAAGUCCUUGUGAAGAAAUCUGACCGCAAGCUGCACAGGGUGCUAGGAGUUUAUAAAGCCUUAGGCUGGGCUCCCCGGGAGCAAGCACUAGCUGCAAAGAAAGCUCGUGAUAUCCACUUCAUGAAGAGGGUUCAAGCUAAAUUGCAGAUGAAGCUGUCGUUGAAGGCCAACAAAUUCCAGAAGCAUUACAGACCACAAGUCAACUUCUAGAACUUUCUAGAACAUCUUAAAAUAUUACUAAGCAAUCUUACGUACGUUUGUCAUCAUUAAACAUUGUACACUUUUUCAACGGCGAAAAACAGGAAUAAAAAAAAUAUAAUAAUUCAUUGGUGUGAAAACGUAUAGAUAAUAUAAAUAUACUAGUAAUGUAUCAUAUUGCAUAUAACAUUUUCUUUUGUUAAGUUCAACAGAAAAUCUAUUUUGUUAGUACAAUAUUUUAUGAAUUUACUUGGGUAUGAAACUGCAGUUAAUUGAUAAAAGCUUAAAAAAACAAUUAUUCACAGUUCACCAACGGCGCUUUUUGCUCAAUACGUUUUUGCUGUUUGCUAUUUCGUUAAAGCAAUGCUGGUAUCAAAAAUAAAAUUAUGUUCAUAAUU